AUGGCUUCUCAUAAGUUCUUCUCCAUCACUGUUCUAACAGCUUUGCUCUCGCUCUGCACCAAUGCUCUGUCUCGUACGGAAUACAAUUGCUCUUCUCAGAAAGUUAACCUAACUAUAUAUUAUGACACUCUUAGCCCGUACUGUGAGGAAUUCAUUGUAUAUGAGCUUCCAAAGGCAUUUGAGCUGGAACUCAUGCACAUUAUCAACCUCCGUCUAGUACCAUCUGGAAAUGCUUACAUCCAAGAACCUAACAACACCAUCAGUUGCCAGGAUGGCCCAGCUGAAUGCUACUUGAACAGUAUAGAAGCUUGUGUAAUCAGCAUCUGGCCGGAUGUGAAUAAACAUUUCAAAUUUAUUCACUGUGUUGCAUGGCAAAACUUGGGACGAUUACAGUUAAAAGAAGAUGCAUGGAAAUCAUGUUCUAAAAUAACGAUGCUGAGUGACAAACCUGUCUCAAAUUGCUACAAAAGCGGAUAUGCGAAAAAGCUUCUACUACGAUACGCUAAUGAAACAAAGCACCUAGAUCCUCCUCAUACAAAUGUGCCAUGGGUUGUCAUCAAUAAGCGACCACUAUACUAUGACUACAAGAACUUUGUAAGCUACGUCUGUGAGGCUUACCAAGGCCAUCCUAAACCAUCGGCUUGCACAACACCUAUCUUCAGCUCAGCUAAAAAGUCAAACUCAACCCGCUUGCAUAUAUAUUAUUAUCUGCUGCACCUUAUGUCCUGUGCAGCUUUCCUAAUCAACUAGACUUCUAAAUAAUAUACAAGCUUAGAUGCAGUGUUUUGAUAUGAUUAGUUUUGGUGAGGUAAUGUCAGUUCAACAACUAUAUGUAUCAAAUAAAACUAAAUUGGGCUAUAAGACAUUUUAAUCACCUGCUUCAUAAUUUCUAGUACAGCAUACAGAGAGAUGUUUCCUUAUUCCUAAAGCAUCAUGAUCUGAACAAGAAAUGGUACGGUUCUAUCAUGCAAUAGUCCUCCA